GUUCUGCUCUCCAUCAUCCACCGCUCGCAACGUCCUCGACACCCGCUCCCCAUCGCAGCAGUCCAUCACCGCUCCCAUGAAAUCUUCUCUCGGCUUCGUCCUUCUCUCGAUCGCCUUGAUCGCCGCAGGCACUGCUCGGGCCACCACCUCGGGGGUUUGGCUCAACACCGACGACAUCUACAACGAGCUGAUCCCGACGGAUCCUGUUCCGGCUCCGCUCUACUGCCUGCGCGACAACUGUCUCUCGAUCGGUGGUGUGGUCGACCAGAUCUUCAACUCAUGCAACGCUACCAUCAUGACCCAGCUCUCGGCAUCGACCCCGCCCGAUAUAACCAAGCUCAAGCUCAUGGUCUCGGACUGCAUCUGCGGCUCGGAUGAGAACGCCCGCCUCUACAUUGUUGCGAUGUGGCAAGCCUGCGUCAUCUGCCAGAACAGCCUCAAUACCACGGCCCUCGGCCAGAAUCUGUUCACGACCGCCUGCCAAUGCCAGUCCCCUCCGCCGAUCGAUUUUUUCCUUGACCCACUGACCAGCAGGAAGUGCAACACUAUUAACCCGGCUUACAACAGCAACAGCCGUCGGCGCCCAACCGGCCCGCCUGCGCCUGCCCCGCCUUCAUCCAACACCACCAACACCAACACCAACUCGACCAGCAAGGCGGCAGCGCCGGGGACCACGUCCUCUGCAGCACCGUCCAGCACGAGCCCGGGCAUUGUCAUCAACAACCCGUCGUCAACGACCUCUAUUGCGCCGUCAUCUUCGUCGUUCCUCGGAUCUCUGCUGUGGUAGCGACGAGAGUCUACAAGCAGUGUGUUCUGAACCGCGGCGCCGCAUGCUCAAUAUGUCCAAUACAACGCCUGACCAUCCUCGCUAUUGCGCACUCUGAGAUCCCAAUGGUGUCGCAUGUGCCUGACGAAGGAUAUCGUCCACGCGAAGGACCUCGCCGAUCGUUGGUUGUUUGGGAGCCCGCUUUUGCUCCUCCACCCGGAUUCUCGCAAGGCCGGUGCCCGCACCAGAGGCGACUCGAGGAUGCGGCGACGGCGGGAGACCUGGCUGGACAAGCCGGACAAAUUGGAGCGACCGCUGGACAGCUUUCAUUGGCUGGGUGUGUCGGGGAGACCGAGCGGCAGCAGCAGCGAGCCAACAGAGGCUCGUUUCCAGCGCAUCUCCAGCAAGGGUCUGGUUUUCAUGGAA